GAAAGUCGAAAUGACGUUUGAAAUUUUCGCGCUAUUUUUUCCCGCUGAUGCCGGCUGCUGUCAAAUUUUGAAGAGGUCAGCGACAUCAACGUUCGUAUUAAAACUUAAAUUCCUUGUUUUUAACCAUAUUUCCAAGACAAAACUAACAGAUUCAUCGAAAUGUUUGAAGCACGCCUGCUCCGUAGUUCCAUCCUGAAGAAGGUCUUAGAAGCGAUUAAGGAUCUCCUCACGCAAGCCACGUUCGACUGUGAUGACAAUGGGAUCCAAUUACAGGCCAUGGACAAUUCUCAUGUUUCCCUGGUGUCCCUCACUCUCAGAGCAGAUGGCUUCGAUAAAUACAGAUGUGAUAGAAAUAUAUCAAUGGGCAUGAAUUUAGGAAGUAUGUCAAAAAUUCUGAAGUGUGCGGGAGAUAAAGACACAGUCACAAUGAAGGCGCAGGACAACGCCGACACUGUCACCUUUGUGUUUGAGAGCCCUAACCAGGAGAAGGUGUCCGACUAUGAGAUGAAGCUGAUGAACUUGGACUUAGAACACUUAGGUAUCCCAGAGACUGAAUACAGCUGCACCAUUCGCAUGCCGAGUGCUGAGUUUGCGAGAAUCUGUCGCGAUCUCUCACAGUUUGGAGAGUCUAUGGUCAUAUCAUGCACAAAAGAAGGUGUAAAGUUCUCUGCGAGCGGCGACAUCGGCUCAGCCAACGUGAAGUUGGCGCAAACCGCGUCCAUCGACAAGGAGGAGGAGGCAGUGGUAAUAGAGAUGGACGAGCCCGUCACACUCACCUUCGCGUGCCAGUACCUCAACUACUUCACUAAGGCUACGUCGCUAAGUCCGCAGGUUCAACUGUCGAUGUCAGCGGACGUGCCUUUAGUAGUGGAAUACCGCAUUCCCGACAUCGGCCAUAUUCGCUACUACCUUGCGCCUAAGAUUGAAGAGGACGACAGCUAGAUUACUAAUAUUGUUUAAUAUCCUUUAUUUUCUGAUUAUCAAGUUUAAUAAGUAUUGUGUUACAAUUUCAUUGUGAUAUGCCAGAGAUAAGUAUGUAUAAGUUGGUCCAUUUUAUAAUUAAAAAAAAAAACUAA